GCCACAUUAGCAAGCCGAUGCAAGCAGCUGAGGCAACAAGCAACAACUUAUAUGAAAUAACUACCCAGGUAGGUACGUAUAGGUAAUCUAAAUUUGGCAAGUCACUUCUUAAAGAAACAGAUAUAGAAUCACGCCAGUUCCUAUAAGUCAAUAUAUACGAAUCAAACAAGUAUUCAGUAUUAUGACAUGCCCUAGCCCUUGCUAUCCUUUCAGGUUGUAAAAGAUCACCAACGCUACCGUAUCUUGGAGUAACUAGGUAUGUUAUUAGCAGCAUCAGCAUACCCUAUCUCUUUUACAUAUGCCUGCGCUGCCACACCCUAGUCAGGAUCCUGUUUCUCCACCGGACUCUUUUAUCCAUCGCUGAUCCCGCUCGGUGGCUGUUUUAUAGUCAAGAAAAGCAGCCAAAAGGUGAGAGGCGCGCCCAAUCGCUUUGCUGCUUUAAGUAGUUACACUCUACUGUCAUGUUUGUUAUUUCGUCCCGUGUCUCUGCUUUAGGGUUACCGAGCUUUUACUUCCCGAUAGCGCGAGCCGGAAAAGGACCUACCUAGGUAGAUACUGCACAGACGCCUAGGUGGCCAUGGAGAAAAAUAUCCAGCCGUCAGCUGAAAAUUUAACGAACGAGGAGCUCUAUUUUUUACCCUCUACUUUCUCGCCUUGGCGUAAUCAUGAGAAAAUUGAUGAGAAUGAACUGAACUUCGCCCAGUCAGACGCUCAGCCCCCACCUGAUAAUCCAAAGGAGAAGAAUCCCUCUCAUACUGCUGAACACCAAGUCACGAGGCCCAAGCUUCUACGGCCUUUUAGCUCAUCAACAAACGCGGGAAUUCAACAGCAGGACGAAGAAUAUAUGCUAAGACCGCCAAGUUACGGCGCGCAACCUAGGACUGAAGUAACUAUAACUGCUGGUCAUCAUACACAGCCAAAAAAGAGUAUCAUGCGAAAAACGAAAUUUAAAGAGAUGCUAGGCCGUUCCUUAUCCGCAUCGUUACCCGGCAAUAAGAACGGGCCCUCGUCGCCCAAUACGAAAAAUUACAGCACAAUUGAAGAGGAGGAACAACAGACCGGACCGAUGUAUCACGAAUCGGAAAGUUAUCCAAUGGACUCAGUUGACUCGCCGCGCCAAGUUGCAGGGGAACGGUGUAGUAGCCCAGAAGACGAAGACGACAUUAGCAUUGACGAAUUGGCCGCGCGAUACGAACGUCCACCCUUAGAUUGUCACGCAAAGCGGGACGUAUACAUCAAACGCUGGAGCUGGACAUUUGUUGUUCUAGCUUUUUUGUCAAUAUACUCCACCCUUCUUAGUGGACUGUGGUUUGUAGUUUCUAUCUACCAACCACGAUAUGGACGAGGUAUAUCGUCUAGCGAUGGAUGGAAGAUGGCGCCUUCAACGGCGACACUUCUAUGCACAUUGAUUGCCAAGACCAUUGAAUUGUCUUUUGUAACGGUCUUCGUCGCUUUUCUCGGCCAGGUGUUAACACGCAGGGCUUUCGUUAAAAAAGCUAAGGGUGUAACCCUCGCCGAGAUGACGAUGCGGAAUUGGGUCAUUCAACCGGGUUCCUUGCUUACAUACUGGGAAGGAAUUCCUUCUGCCGCCUCAACUGUCUUAGGCGUUCUAACGUUAAUCGCUACUAUUUGCGCCUUGUUGUACACCACGGCAUCCGAAUCGAUGGUGAGCCCAAAGCUUAAGUUUGGGGGUUGGGAGUUUAAGGAGCUGGAUGGCCUCGUAAAGGCCUCGUACGCCAACCCCUUCUAUGCUCAAAAGGCUUGCUCGACGCCGAUCGACCAAACAAUGGACCCGAAAAACGCAGCACCUUCAUGUCUCGAUGUCCAAUACUCGGGUCAGUCCUACCACAAUCUACUAACUUUUAUGGGGGAAUGGCAAAAUAUUCACGACGAGGGGACAUCCACGAUCGACUAUUUGAGCGGAAGGCCCGUGGGGAAGCAUAAUUUAUUCGACAACACAACGUUGGUGUCAACUUGGGUUCAGACUGACCUGGGAAGCCCGCAAACUGCGUUUGCUGAACAUAACAGAGUUAUUAAUAACGUCACUCUUGCGAUACCCCAUCCUGGCGUCUACUCGGCAGCAACUGAUCCGCGUAACAACAUCUUACAACCCGAUGAUCUCGCUGGCGUUGGCGAAUAUUCGAUCCGCGCGAGUGUUGUGUCACCAACCGUCAACGUUAUGUGUGUGAAUAUGGCCCCCGAUGAGCUAGCACCGCUCGUAUACACCACUUGGCGUAACGCCCGCACAGAGAAUACCGACGUCCCCGGGCAACUCAUCGGUGUAGAUGACUGGUUUAACGACGUGCCGCCCCCGAAUGACGAUGAAUGGCUUAACAGGACUGCGGUUGAUGAUGUAUUUCAGUGGGGGCCAAAAUACCAUCGUCGGCCGCCUGUUUUCCAACUAUAUCCAUUGGACUUCAACAUGAUAACUAACACUUCGGUCGCUGGCUCCGACUCGAUCUAUAUCUUAGCGAAAUCGGAUAUCGAAGACUAUGCACUCUGUCAGCUGCGCUCCUGGGUAUCAACCAACUGCUCAACCGAAUUCGAUCUCUCGGGUAUCUCUGGCGGACAUAUGCGUGCGCAUUGUGAGGACCCCGACGACACAAAUUCAUAUGCAGCAGCAUCCGGUAACGACGAUGUGCACUCCCCUCCAGAUCCUUCAGUCGACUGGCGCAACCUAGCGGAUCAAUGGCGCUUAUCCAUGGAUUUAAACGGCGGUGUCCAAAACAACAACGCGAGCAACGCACGCAUCAUGACGAACUUAAUCCUACAAUCCCCAUCCCUAAACCCACUCCUUCCAUCCAUGGCUGAAGCCCUCGCCGUCCUGUCCUCCUCAACUCUAGUCGCUAGCUCGCUAAGCUCGACGUAUCGCGUUACCUGGGAUUAUCCAAAGAUGGAGUUAGACCCAGGUCAAUACGAAGGGUUCAAGGCCUCUUUACGCACGCAAGAAUACACAUCCUCGCACACCGCCGCGUGGCAAGCCGUAUUCUACCCCGUCUUAGGUCUCGUCUUCGUCGUCAACGUCGCGUGUCUAAUCUACCUUCUCCUAUUCCUACGCCCAGGCCUCGUAAGCGAUUACACCGAACCGCAGAACCUAUUUGCCGUUGCCGUGAACUCGCCCCCCAGCACCGCCCUCGCAGGAAGCUGUGGCCACGGACCCGAUGCGCCGGAGAUGGUGGUACCGUGGCACGUAAGCUAUUCCGCAGCCGCGAACCAUUACUUCUUUGAAGAAGGGGGUUGGGAUGGAACGAGGCCGAAUACGCGAUUGAGUAUGGCGAGUGGAUCGGAGUUGUUGCCAAAUAGCGCGUCGAUGAGGGGGAAGAAUUGGGAUCAUUAUAAACGGUUGAGCUCGAGUCGGACAUGGUUAUGAGACAUGAUAAAUAAUAAAUAGGUGGUCCUUUUCAUAGCACCUAGCGAGCAUUGCAAUGGCGUCCGGGAAAGGUUGGAUAUACCACCGUUCGAAUAAAAAGGGAGGCUUCUAGCGAUUUGCCAGGUUUGCUGCAUUUACAAGCUAUUACACAUACACACAUCUUCGCCAAUUGGGCGAUGGCGUUAGUAUUUAAUCACGGGGAUAUUACAUAGCAUUGGAA